AUGGUAUCACAACUAACGGAUGUCGAGAUAAUAGAAGAUCAUGAAGAAGAACAACAAAAUUAUUCAAUAAAUAAUCUAACAAUAGGUAAUAAAGAUCAAAAAUUAAAUUUUCAAAAAUAUAGUAGUCCAAUAAUUUUACCAAAUCAAAAUAUAAAUCAACCUUAUCAUAAUACAUUAAACAAUUUACGAUCUACUUUUAAAUAUGUUUUUGUAAUAAAUUGGUUAUAUAAAUUUAGAGGAUUUUUAAAAUUACAAAGUGAAGUAUUUGAUGUUGAUUUAUUUGAAUUAGAAUUAUUAAAUUAUUUUCCUGAAUUAGAUUCAAAGAUAUUAUUUAUAAAUAAAUUAAAAAUUGCAAUAAUGAAAUAUUUGGAUUCUAAUAAAUUACCAAUUGAACAAUUUGAAAUUGUAUUUAGAUUACAUUUCGGAGUAUUUACACCAUUAAGUGGGAAUUCAAAAACAAUAAAUAAAAAUGAUGAAAAUAUAAAUCAUCAAGAUAUAGAAGAAAUUGAAGAAAUUAUACAAGAUCAUGAUCAUAAUGAUCACAAUUCAAAUGAUUUACCUAAAUUUGAUUAUUUAUUAAUUGAAGAUAAAUUUGAAAUUUUAUUUAUUGCACUUAAUUAUAUUUCAAAUAAUCAUAAAUUUAGAAAUUGGAUUUCAAAUCAAUCAAACAAUAGUCCAGAGUUUUCAAGAAUUGAUCCUAUAUUUUCUACAACUACUAAAAAAAACAUAAAAGAAGAAUAUGUCUUGUUGUUUGAUAAUCAAAGAUUAUAUAAACGAACUAUAGAAUUUCCUGCAUUAGAAGUACCUAAAAAAUUAAAAGAUUCACCAACUUACCCAAAUGAAUUUUUUAAAUCUAAACAAUUUGAUAUAUCUUCUACUAUAAAAUUUGAAAUAAUUUAUUUAAAUCUUUUUGAAUUUAAUGAUUACUUAAACAAAAUUAAAUAUGAUAAAAAUUUAAAAUCAAUUUAUCAAAAAUUAUAUAAACCAUCUAUAAUUGAAUCAUUUUAUGAAAAUGAAAUUAAAAAAAGGAAAAUUUUUACUAGUAAGAAAAAGGAAAUUCAAUUGGCUAAUUUAUUAGCUGUUAGGAAAAGAUCAUUAAGGUUAAGAGAAAAAGAGAAAACUACAACUUAG